AGCAUUUUAUGUCUAGAUACUGAAAGAAAAAAGAUCGUGUUAGCCACCUUGUAUAUGAAAAUAAAACGAGCAAGAAUGGGGAAUUGUAUAAUUCGACAAAACAAGAUCAUGCAAACAGGUUGGGAAGUCACUGAACAUAAAGAACACAUGAAAGUUGAUGGAGUCUUACCCGAAUUAGUUCCCGUCUGUGGUCAGAUGUAUUAUCCUGUGCCAGUUUCUAUACCUUCUGUGGAAACCAGCAAGAGCCCGGAUCUAAAGGCAGAAUCAGAAGACGGGAAUGGAGCCGUGAGGAUUAAGUUGGUGAUAACUAAGCAAGAGUUAGCAGUUAUGUUGAAAAAAGGUGGUGUUUCAGUAGGUGAGUUACUUUCUCAUAUGAAAAAAGAAAGCUCACAUGAGAGUGUCGUGAUUGAAGAUGAACACAAUAAAAAUUGUGGAAGAUGGAAGCCUGUGUUAGAUAGUAUACCUGAAGUAAGCUAGUGCCCAUGAUUUCGUAACUGUAUUGUUUAACUUUAGCAUACAAAGAACCUGUAGUUUGCAAGCCUAAGAAGAUAGAGUCAAAAUUGAUCAGCAUAACUUGUAAUAAUUACCAAGAUAAUAAUAUAUUUAGUUACUUGUUA